UGAAAGUUACCUCCCUUUGAAGCUCUUCAAAAAAUGGCGGGUGUUGUGUAUGACAUUGAUGCCUGGCAGUCAAUUUUGUUGUGUUUUCUCUUUGCUAUUCUCUAUGUUGGCAGUCUAUAUGUAUGGAGUGAAACUAACUCUAAGAGCAGGGAUCAUCCUGAGACAAUUAGAAAACGUUUCAUCAGUGUAACUGUGGUGUCAUUUCUAGUGAUACCGAUUGUUUGGUACUUUGGUUCACCAACAACAACAGAUAGAGGUCACACUGUGUUAGAAUGGCUGGGUAUUAGAUUUUCUGGUUUUAUCACAGCCCUAGUCAUUCCAUUGCUCCUGACAAUGGUAUUGUUUGCUGGGCCACUCACGCUUCAUUAUAUGGAUGGAGUUUUCAGAUUAUAUUUAGAACCAAGGUACUGGAUAAACAGUUUAAAUAACAGUAUAUGGUUGAGGAAUCAUAUUGUUGCACCUAUAUCAGAAGAGUUUAUAUUUCGAGCAUGCAUGCUGCCAUUUUUAGUUCCACAGUUUGGGGAGGGUUGGUCUGUCUUCAUUUGUCCAUUGUUUUUUGGUGUCGCCCAUUUGCAUCACAUGAUAGAAAAGAUUACCCAGAACAAAGAAGAUGUAAAAGAUGCCUUUAAAUCAUCAGCAUUUCAGAUGGCCUUUACAACUGUGUUUGGUGCCUAUUCAGCAUUUUUAUUUCUACGAACAGGUCAUUUCGUAGCGCCUUUUCUAGCACAUGCAUUUUGUAAUCACAUGGGUUUUCCCGCGUUUAAUGAGGUGUUAGCGUAUCAGGACAAGGCUCUCAGACGGAAACUUAUUGCAGCAUUCGUGUUAGGACUGUUAGCGUGGAUUUAUCUGCUUUAUCCCCUCACAUCACCGUUUAUUUAUUCUAAUGAAAUUUACGAUUUAUAAUUCUUGUUACAUAAUUAUGUAGGUAUAGCGUUUUGUAUUAGAAAAAUGGAGGGGUAGAUUGUCUCGCUGCAGUUGGUUCGUUGGCUGGUUGGUUUGUUAGAGGCCUAGAUCUACCAGAUCAUAGUUGUGUAUGAUUGUCAGAAAAUUUGAAAAUAUCUGGAACAGCCUUUCUUCAUUGUGAAAAAAAAUAAAAUCAAUCCGUAGUGGAUUUAAUAUAAUAAAUAUGAUAAGUAAAUUAGAAAAAAUAUUGUAAAUUGAAAAAAUUUUUUUUUUGCUCCCUAAGUGUUUAGUAUAUGGCAAUAGGUGAGUUUUUUUUUCUCAUGUAGGUGGCUUGACUUGCUCAGCUACAUUUGCUACCAGGAUAGUUUGUUUUGUUAGUUGAAAAUUUAAUUUCUAUAGAAUGUCAAUUGCGAUUCUGUGAAGAAAGUCUUAUUUCCCUGUUUUAUUUUGGGGUAUGUUUGUUAGGAUUGCUGUAUGUAAUAUACCUACAAGUAGCAAAAUUAAGAAAAUCAAUCUGUUAUUGUCUUGAUUUAUGUUAAAUCAUGUUUUUGUUUGAAAACAAUUAUGCCUGUUUUGUGAUAUUAGAUGUCAGACCAUGGAUAAAACCAUUUUAAUGUUACAUUUUAACAUAUGUUGAACUUAGCCCAUUUAAACUUAGCCCAUUUAAUGAACAAAUGUAAACAUCACAAAAUUUCAGGAUUUAUCAGUAAAUUGACCUGAAAAUUAGCAAAAUAUUUACCACUUAAUUAUAUUGAUUAAAAUAGGAGGAUAUUGAAAUGCUAAAAAACACCAAAAGUAGCACAUCUGAAUCUGUAGCAGGCUUGAUUUGAUUGAGGGUGUUUAUGAACAAAAGUGUUAAGUGCAACAUACCGUCCAUGACCCCUAGUACCGACUUAAGCAGAAUUUGACAUUUCAAUGUUUUGAAUUAAGAAACAUACGCUCAUGUGUUCAUAAGGUGCUUAAAGACUCCUAUCAUCUUGAAAAAUGUUAAAAUAUGUUAUAUUUUAAAUGGAUCACAUUUUGUCAAAAUGCAUAUCAUACUUGUUAGUGUUUUGGUUGUCUAGGUCAACUUUUAAAACAAAGUUUCUGGUAAAAAAGGGUGACAAUAUGUAGUGCUUGAUGUGAUGAAACCUUAGUAAAAAUCAUUGUUUUUGAGAGUAUCUGUAUCUUGUUUCCACUUGUAAGGUAGUAUGAAUUACUCCCUUGAUAGUAAUUUAUUCAUCAGAUACAUAUGUAGGAACAUUCAUAUCAGGGGCAUCCUAGGUUAAGGUCAUUGACUUCAAAACAUUUGCACCUUAGUGCAGUAGGUUCAAAUCCCAGCAGCGACUUUUUGAUUUUUUCAUGUGAGGGAACCUAUACAUCUAUAUUACAGAAUGCAGUGGUCCUACUAGCAGUCAUCCUCAACCAAUUAAGUUGCCAUAUGGCCAUGAUAUUGCUGGUGUAACUUAAUACACAACCAAAUAAAUUAUUAAAUGUACAUAUUUUAUUUUACUGAUAUUUAUGUUUAUUUUUGGACUGAGGUCUAUUUACUUGAAUAAUUUAAGUUGAGUAGAGUUGGGUUGGGGUUUAGUUAAGUUGGUUUGGGGUUGAAUUGGGCUGAGUUGAGUUGGGUAGGGUUGAGUUGGGUUGGCUUGGAUGUUGGUAAGGUCCAUUUAAGCUGGCUGAAUAGCUUUUUUCACAUGAAAGAAUUUUAAUGUGAAUAGUGAGAUUCAAAUCUUCCAUUUUAAACCUAUAUGAACUAAACAGAACAAAUUUGUAGUUUUAAAUUUCAACAAAAUAUUCUUUUAUUGAUUUGAAAUGUCACUGGAAUUGAUGAUAACUGUCAUGAAUAUCUGAAUUAUUGAAAUUUUUAAUAUGCUAAUGUUUUACUUGAAUUUAAUAUAUUGGAUUCCUUCAUGUGAGAAGCUAUCAAGUUAGCUUAUGGAAUGUUGGUGGUUCUACUCUAGUGCCUAUUAGUGCCUGAGAAAAUGAGAAAAUACACAGAGGGGCACUUUUCUCCACCAGUAAAGCUGGUAAGUUGCCAUAUAUGACCUCUAUUGUGUUAGUGGGACAUAAAACCCAAUCCAAAAAAAAGAACAACUAAACACUUCAUUUUAUAUGCAUUUUGAGAUCUAUUCAAAAUGAUAAUUUGGCUGUUUUUUUUUAAGAUGAUGAUUUUCUGUCACUUUUGGGAAUUACAUGUAUGUUUUUAUUAUAGUUUUCUUGAAAUCAAGAAAAACACAGAUUUACAUUUUUGUCCAUUUGGUUAUCAUUGAGUAUUGACAAAAAAAAAA